CCGAAAGCUUGUUUUACUGCAUCAAGCAACCUUCAUUGCUGUGACGGGUCGCGGAUGCUGUGAGCCCUGCUCUGGCUGUAAAUACUGUACAUAGUUCUCUCUCUGACCUUGGCUUCACAGCCGGUGUACAUAGUGGCACAUCACGCAUCACGGAAUUGGUCUUCUAAAAAUGUCAGCCGAAGAGGUCGCUGCUUACGUUGCACCUGAGUUUGCCACUGGUCUACUUGGCGUGACAUCAGCCGCCGCGACAUUACCACCACCACCUGGGUUCACCACUCCUAAUACCUCAGCGGCGCCGCAGACUAGCUAUCUGCGUAUCGCAAAUCCUGCCGUCAAUCGCGCCACUUACGCCUCCCACUGGCCCGUUAACAUGCCCAGUUUUGGCCUCCCUCUGUUCCAGGACUCAAGCACACCACAAUUUCCUCACGGGCUUUGUUUGACUGACGAUGAUGGACCCGAUUUUAAUGCUUCUUGUACAAACUCUGCUGUUUCCACCAACAAAGACGAUUUGGGAAUUGAUCUCAGUUCGAAUCCGAAUGAGCAGUUGGCGAACCAUUUCCACAGUAUGUCUGUCAUCGGAUCUUCGCGUGCAAACCAAAUAUGGGCCGUGGGUGCUGAGCGACGCCUCAGUGUGACACCCGGAAGUGACACUGGCGUUGGGACUAAUUGCAGCUCUAGUUUGCUGUCAUGUUUGCGACACUCUCUCUGUCAGCAGGACGCUUCCAAUGGCCUUUGUCUUCUCGGAUCGAGUGGGCCACCCGUUGGUGCGUACAGUAAUGGAGCAAGUGGAGACGCACUGUCUCUACCCGGCGAUGGUGGCAGCACCGGUGACGCAGUGUCAACGCCUGGGCGACAUUUGAGCACUAGUUUAACGGCUUCCCCCAAUACUCCCACUAUAACUAGAGAUUUGGACACCAACCGCUGUUCGCCAACACCCCAGUCGAUGGCCGCCUUGGAUAUACUGUCGAUUUGGGAACCACGUGGUACGAACACAGGAUCGCAUAAUGCUUGGCUGUCUGAUCCCAUUUUAGAAGCAGAUAACAGUCUCAACAUAACUUCUGGCAACUGCUCGGCUGCCGGAGAUGACAUAACGCAAGAUGGGAUGCCUGAUCGAAACGCUGCGAGUUUGAACCCUACACCUGUGAGUGUCGGGGAAGUUCUACCCUGGAAUUGGGAGACCGCCUGUGAAUUACCGCGUGGCGCUCCUUGGCGUAAUCUUUUCCCCGUGUGUAAGGAUACUGGACCCACUGGCACCAGUCAUCUGUAUAGCUCAACUUCAAAUGAAGAGUUGGUGACAAAUACGUCCGAUGCCGAUUUACCUAUGACGGGAUCUUGUUUGUGGAAUGCAAGUUUGCCCGAUGGACCAGUGGUUACAACUUUCCGUGGUGGGCCACAUGAUCUGUUUCCUUCCGGUGUACUGGACUGUGUCGUCGGUGUUGCAUCCAACCAGCUCGCAACCUCGUCCGGAGCUUCAUGCGAACCCUUUAGUUCAUUGGCCUCUGUCGGUCCAAAUUUCUACUCUCGACCGAGUGUGGUCACGGCAACUUCACAACAACCGCAACCAUCUCAUCUGGGUCCGGUUGCACUUUCGGACUUGGGCUCUGAGUCAUGUAACGGUGGUACAACCGUACUUGGGCUCCCAUUGGCUUCCGCCAGUUCCAAUAAUAUCAAUUUAAAUCCUUACGGCACUCCGUCACUUUACAUGUUUGGCCACCCUAACUGCUCCGUUCCGUCUGCAUCUGUCUCGACUGGUCUACCACCGCCCCUCAAUCUCUCGGCUUCGCAACAACAACAACAACAGUUGACCGCAAGUAUGGGACAUCAACAACAGUUUGCGGUUGUCGAUUCAUCUCAGACCGCGGGAAUGUUUCUGAAGGCUCCUAGCUUCAUGCCACCUCCUGGUCUUGGCACAUUGCUCAACAUUUCUCCCAAUGGCGUUACCGGUCCAAUGUCUAAUGGGUGUGCACCUCCUGCGGUAUCCACGUCCCCGCUUUGCUCUAAUUCAUACGUCACUACCUCAGCUAUGGAUUACACAUCUCCCCACUCAACUACGGCGAUGGCAAGUACACCGUCGAACCCCAUGGAUCAGUUGUCUAUGGCCAUGUCUCUCUUCGUUCCGUCAGGUUUGAAUGCAGCUGGACAGUUGCCACCCUCUUUCACCCAAGGGCCUGUUUGGAACCCAUUGAUGCUAAGCCUCUUUAUGCAGCAACUUGCAAGCGGAAUGGCGGCUAAUCCAGGCGCUUUGGCCCACGUACCCAGUGGAUCAAAUAGCGGGUCCUUGACGAUGUUAAAUGGCGCUCAGCCGUCAACUAAUCCAUCGAUCAUCGAUUCACAACGCAUGGCCGCGAAUGCAUUUGCCUUUUUUCAAGCUCACCAACAGCAACUACUCACUGCCAGUCAGCAACAGCCUCUGCACCCACCUCCACCACAGUUUCCGCCUGCCUCUUCUGGUGCUGUUAGCAUUAACCCUAUGGUGACCAUGUGUGCUCCCGUUCCUGUGAGCGCUCCACCCGGGCUGCUCACUGGUCCAAUCAAUCCAUCUGCAUCAGCCACUUGCCUCGGUGUUUACGGUACCCAACACAGCACGACUGGGCUUACUGCGAAUUCAUUUACCAUGCCCAAUGCCAUGAAUAUGCUUCCGAUGAUGAAUGUGCUCCAAUCGGAGCCUCCUACGAGUUCAAGCGUUGCAAUACCGGGGGUUAAUGCUACCAUAGUAAACCAUGCUGCCACCUCUCAUACUUCCGUCGGCCGAACGAACGAUGUGGUACAUCCCCAACCACCGAAUUUGUCCCGUAGUCCUGGGCUACCCCCUUCUGCUGGAUUCCCGUGCUCUGCAUCAUAUCCAUUCACUUUUGACGGCGUCUCUACCCCUGGUGGUUCGCUGACUCCAGCUUCAUCGAAUCGCAGUCCUUUGCUCGAAGAGUUUCGCAAUUCUACUGGACGUUUUCAGCAGCUAACCCUUUCGCAGCUGCGGGAACAUAUAGUGGAGUUUGCUCGGGAUCAACAUGGCUCACGGUUCAUACAGCAAAAGUUGGAGACAGCGACUACUGCAGAAAAAAACGCAGUUUUUGCUGAAAUUCUGCCGCAAUCCGGCAAGUUGAUGACUGAUGUCUUCGGAAAUUAUGUAAUUCAAAAGUUUUUCGAAUUUGGCACGAAGGAACAGAAAGAAUUGUUGUCCCAGCGCCUCCAAGGUCACGUGGUUGAGUUUGCCACCCAGAUGUACGGUUGUCGCGUUAUCCAAAAGGCUUUGGAAUCGGUGCCACCUGAGGCGAAAAUCCAGAUAGUCAGCGAAUUACGGCCAUACGUCACGCGAUGUGUGAAGGACCAGAAUGGCAACCACGUCAUCCAGAAAUGUAUUGAAUGCGUUCCACCUUCAGAGUUGGACUUUAUCAUCGCAGCAUUUCGUGGCCAGGUCGUUUUGCUCUCAUCACAUCCUUACGGGUGUCGGGUGAUACAGCGCAUUCUAGAACACUGCCUGGUGGAACAGACAAGACCGAUCUUAGAAGAAUUACACAAGGGCGUGGAGCACCUUGUUAAGGAUCAGUAUGGAAAUUACGUCAUCCAGCAUGUCCUCGAGCACGGAUCGAUUGAAGAUAAGUCUCGUAUCAUUCAAAGCCUGCGUGGUCGUGUCUCCGUUCUAAGCGCCCACAAGUUUGCAUCAAACGUUAUGGAAAAGGCAAUUGCGAACGCUCUACCAUCGGAGCGGGCUCUACUGAUCGAGGAAAUUCUCCACCCACCGACCAGUGUGAAUCUGAGUGGAGACUCGAUCGUGUCUAACGCAACAUCCUCCAAUUCCUCCUUGGUCGAGAUGAUGAAGGAUCAAUAUGCAAAUUAUGUUGUCCAGCGUAUGCUCGAGUUAGCAGACGCCGAACAGAGACGCUCUCUUAUCAGCCGUAUUAGACCUAUCCAAAACCUUCUUCGUAAAUUCAAUUACGGCAAGCACAUCAUUGCCAAAUUGGAAAAAUACAAUGGCGCAAGUAACAUCAGUAGUAACUCAGGCGGCAGUAAUAGCACCGCCCACAGUGCUAUCGUUGAUAACAGUGGAGUAACUAACACCAGCGUCACUGCCAACACUUUGUCGUCUAGCAACGCACCGUCAAAGGUAUCCACUGCGACACCCGGCAUGUCAUGUACAACGUCCACCACCACCGGCGGCGGUAGCACUUCUGGUGCAGGAAACAAAAAUGGAUUUUCUGGCAAAACGGACAGCGGUGUUGGGACCGCCGACCCUUCACAGAAAAUUAUCUAAAUUUCUCGAUGUCUAGCACAGUUUGAUCCAUCAUUUGACCUAUUAACUGACUCGUAUAACUCUCAUCGUUUAGCUUUUGGUUCAUCUCUCUCUCUUCCCCUACCCUGUUACUUGUUUUCCUUCGGUUGAUUGUUGCACACUGGCGGUUCACAUAUGAGAUUGUCAGCAGAAGCAUUGGUUUUAUUUACAUAGACACUGCCCAAUCACUUAGAGUGGUUGCGAUUUUUGUCCCGCUGCCUAUAGGCUACCAGUCCUUUCUUUAGGAUUUACAUGCUUUUCAAACUCAGUUCAUCAAGUACAGACAGCUCUACAGCCAUUCCCUGUUCAUUGGCUUGUCUUCUACUCCCCCAGUCCAAGUUCCGUUACAACUCUUCAGUACCAUCACAUCUCUAUUGCUCUUCACCCCCAUCUCCGCUAUUUUUCUCCACAUAUGUUUCCUUUUGUCGAUCGAAGGGGUGCCAGACUGCGCCACGCUUCUGUCUGUCAUCGCAGCGUCAAACUAUGUGAGCGUUGUUGCCUUACUUUCAUCGCUGUUGGAUUGUCCACGUGCGGUGGUAUACCAAACUGUCAACCGUUGUACUCUGCCCCCCGCUUACUAUUCGCGACGACUACCCAUUCAUCUUCGAUUGUUUGUACAUAUACAUAUAUAUGUAUAUGCAAGCGCUUCGUGUCCCUUUGCGCUUCCUCGCAUUGCCAUGAGUGUAUCAUACAGAUCCAUGCCUCCCGGUUACCCGGAAUCGCGCACUCCUUGUACCUAGGAGUACGCACACUAGCGAAGCAAAUAUCCACAUGUUUUCGCAACUAUUCUUAUACAUACUGUACAUUUAUGAGCACGCCUACUCCAUAUUCUCUUACCCUCGUUCGCCAGUCGCUGGGUCAUGUCAGACGGUGACUGUUGUAAUUAGUGUACAUUGUUCCUUUGUUUUGUUCCCUUUCACCUGCCAAUUGCCAAGAAGCGACAUUGUUCCCCUUGCUCUUGCGCAACUGUAUCUCUUCGCUUUUUUGCGUUCUUUUUAGUUUGAUUUCUGUACCUGUUGGCCUUGCUCCAGCACUUUCUUACUCUGAUGCGCUUAGUUUGUUCAUAUGGGAUUUACGAGGCCCAUCCUUGUUUCUGUUCCGCGACGGUGAUAACGGUCAUCAUCAAACUAUUCGACUGCUUUCAACCUGGGAGCCAUGCUUGCCCCUUCCAUUUAUAUGUCUGACCGAUUCAGGCACCCGUCUGAAAGUGUCCAUACUAAACAUACUACGAGACGUAAUGACCACCGAUUUCACGCGAAUUUUGUAAAUUCCCACCCGAAUAUCACACUCAUUCUCUGUUUUGUUUUCAAUCUCCUGAUCAUUUCAAGCACGUCUAUUUUGCCCUCAUUCGGUGUUUUCAUGUAUUUUAGGGGUUUUCAGGAAAGCGUAUCGCCUAUACACGCGUUUGUAAGCUGUUAGCGACUGAGGUUCACCAAAGGCGAAUUUAGGCCAAAACAACAUCCUGUAUCGUUCCACACCAUUUCAUAUAAUUCGUUUAACUAGUAGUUUGUCUGCCACAUUCGUUUGUUUCCCGCCGCUUCCGCUGUUGAUUGGAGACGAUUCAGCGGCUACCACUUCGCCUGAAUUCCCAAGUAAUUCUUUUACUGGGCUCCAAGUAUUCAACACCCAGUGUUGGCCGAACUUCGCUUCAAAGUGAAUCGCAGUCCAACUUGUGAUUGCACGCUACGAUCCAUUCAAAAUCGAACCCCCCCACAAUGAACUCAUACUAUUUUAGUUGUUAUCCAUCACUGAUAUAUCUAGCCUUCCAUGCACUAAGAAUAAGAUAACCGCUUAAAUCAAAACACAUAACUCAUGCAAUAUUUACUCCUUUAUGAAGAUAAUAAUUCCACUACCCGCUAUUAACGUCACACUGUUGUGUUCUCAUUCACGAAUUUAGCCACUUUUUAGUCACCUGAAUUUGUCUCAUUGUUUGCGCGGUUUUAAGCCAAGCUACUCACAUGAACACACUCGUUAUGAGUCAGUGUACUGCGGUCUGAUAGCAUGACUCCGUGGCUUGGCUCUCUUUACUGAAUCAUUCCCCCCCCUCUACUUCGUUACUGAAGCCAACUGUUUACGAAAUCCCCCACCAUUUCUUUCCCUGUGAUUCAUCGAGCCAGUUUCGCUACCCGGAAUCUUUUUCCCAUGCUUGCAAUCAAGCCUUCUGCUUUGUUCUGGAAGCAACCCAAUAAGCACACAACAGUAAUUGUUUUAUCAAAUUUACUCUCACCCAUAUCUGUCAUUCGGGUUGUUUAAGGGUCCUUUUAGCUGCAGCAUACGGUAACGCGGACAAGCAAAAACAGAUCAUUGUCUAUACCUCCUUCAUC